AUUGUAUCAUGGUGGACAAAGGAAUGUGAUAAAGCAUCGAAAUAAAGCUUUUAAAAUGUUAAAAAGGAAUCACAGUUUUUAGAAUCUUAUUGAAUAUAAAAAGUUGCAAGCAAAUGUAAGAAGAUUCAUAAAAACGCAAAGAAGGACUUUUGGAGGAUACUAGGAAGGCAGACAGAAAUUGAUAAAGUUUGGAGAAUGAUAAAAAGAAUGAAUGGGAUUAAAAAAGAGUAUGGGUAUCCAGUCUUAAAUUAUGGCGAAACAACAGCAGUGAGAGAUGAGGAGAAAGCAGCGAUGCUGGCAAAAAACCUUAAAGCUAGUAGGCCUACAACACGAGAAAGACAAGAAUGGGAUACUAAAUAAGCAAUUUACAAAGACAGAACUGAACCGGUCUCUCAAGAAAACCAAGAUGUCAGCAGCAGGCGAUUUGUUAUUUAAUGAUAAAUAUAUUACUGGAACCAUAUAGAAAAGUUUGGGAGGACGGAAAAUUGCCACAAAGUUAUAAGGAGGCUGUUGUAGUUCCUAUAUGCAAACCAGGAAAAGAUUGCCCAAACCCAGGGAAUUAUAGAGCAAUUGCUUUAACAUCCAACAUCUCCAAAAUAAUGGAGAAAAUGACAAAUGAAAGGUUAAUAUAUCAUAUACAACAUAAAGGAUAUAUAUCCAAAUACCAGAGUGGCUUUAGGAAAGGAAGAAAUACUAUGGAUCCAGCUGUAUGUUUAGAACAUGAAAUUAGAAAAGCACAGAUAAACAGAGGAAGUGUAAUGGCUGUCUUUUUUGAUAUAGAGAAGGUAUACAAUAUGAUGUGGAGAGAAGGAUUAUUAAUCAGACUUUGUAAAUUAGCCUAAAAAAAGGUUGAAUAUACAGAUGGAUUAAGGACUUUUUACUAGGAAGAUCAAUACAAGUCUGAAUAGGAAAGAACUAUUCAGGAAAGGUGUUGUUGAAAAUGGAACACCUCAAGGAAGCAUAGUAAGCUCUUUAUUAUUCUCCAUAAUGAUAAAUGAUGUAUUUAUGGAAAUAGAGAAUGCGAAGGGGUUUUCGCUUUUUGGGGCAAUUUGGAAGAGGGGAAGAAAUUUGGAAUUCAUUGUAAAGAAACUGCAGGGGGCUGAAGAGUGGUCAUAUAAAUGGGGUUUAAAAUGUUCAGUUGAUAAGACAAAGACAAUGUUCUUUACAAGGAAAAGAAUUGGUAGUGAGGUAAAACUAAAAUCAUAUAAUCAAGAAUUGGAGAGAGUGAAACACAAAGUUUUUAGGGUUAUGGUUUGAUGAAGGAAUUACAUGGGCUGUAAAUUUUCAGAAAGUAGUGGACAAAUGUAAGAAAGUAAUAAAUCUAAGAAGGUGUUUAGUUGGAAGCGAAUGGGGAGCAGACAGAACUGCUUUGAAGGCCAUAUACAGUGGAGUAAUUAGAUCAAUAUUAGAUUAUGGCUGUGUGGAUGGAUUGGCAGAAAGCACAUCUUUCAAAAAGUUAGAGGAUAUUCAGUAUCGGGCUCUGAGAUUAUGCACAGGAGCAUUUAAAACCCCAACCACAGCGUUACAGGUGGAAAUGGGAGAAAGGAUACAGCUAUCAUUGAAUUACUGGGUACAUUUACAGGGCAGUAGUCGAGAUCACCCAACACAAGACACUUUAAAACCUUGUUGGGAAAAGGAAAGGAGGGAAACAAAAAGCUUUAGAUGGACAGUGACACAAAAAGCAACAGAACUUAAAGUAGCCAAAUUAAACUUCAGUCCAACAGUACCAUUGCCAGCGAUACAACCUUGGAUACUUCCUAACACCACAGUAGAUUUUACAUUAUUAGAAAAAAAGAACAAGGAUAGGGAGUUUGUUUUUAAUUCACAUACCAUACAGGCAUAUAUCGAUAGUUACCACAGUUACAUCCAGAUCCACACAGAUUCAACAAAGAGUUUAGUUAAUAAAAUAGGAGUAGCAUUUAUUGUUCCAGAGUUUCAUCUCAAAAAAGGGAGAAAUGCUUGCAAUAUUGUUAGCAGUGCAGUGGAUAGAGGAUACAAGACCAUUGACAUUCUCCAAAAGAACUCCGGAAACAAAUCUAAUCCUAUUUCAGUAUCUUAAAUGAUUGAGAGGAUAUGAGUUUUUGUUUCGUAUUUUUUUGUUUUUGAAUAAUGUAUACUAGUCUGGUCCACACUCCAUACCAGUAGGUGGCGGUAAUGCACCACUUCGUUGUUUGCCAAUAAAACAAAAAACAAAAAAGAUGUAAUGUAGUGCGGAAGUUGGCAUCCACUUAGCCCCAUGGAUGAAGCCUUCUUAUUUAAAAACAUUUAUUACUCACGUAUAAAGGCUAUAGUUAUUAUAGAAUAGCAGUUAAACUCGUAGGCUCGUCGUGUGAGUAAAAAGUAUUCCUUGUCGGUGGCAGAGAGGAUUUACUGAAGAUAAAUAGUUGUGGAUUUAUACCGUCAUUAUUCGACUCCAGCUCCCACUCUCAAUAUUAAUUAUGCCACAAAAGGACAAGUGAGUGGAGAAACUACAGCUAAGCCUAAAUCAUGCUUGAUCGUAUAUUAUCAGCAUGGUUUUGGUUUGGAUCAGAUCGCCCUGGAUUCUGUCUGGGAACAUCUUUAUCGAUAGCACUCAUGCUGCUGAUGUAUGCUGGGGGCAUCCAGGCAAGUCUCAGCUUAGGUCCAGGUGGAGACUUCCCAAGGGUCAGAGAUGUGUUCCUGUAUGCUUUCAGUCACGAUGAGCUGCCCUCUCUGCUGGUCAGUGUUGUUCUCCUGCUGUUGGUUGGACGGUGUCAGGAGCGCCGCUGGGGAACAUUUGCCUUCCUCGCCCUGUCUAUCCUGACAAUGGCCAUAUUACCUCUUCUUUACACCCUGGUCCUCUUUGUCGGUGGGGGGGAGGCAAGUCGGAUCUGUGGUUACUCUGCCAUCCAGCUGGCUCUGUUUACAGCGCAGUGUCGUCAGGUGUCACAGAGGAGGCUGCUGAGGUGUUUGCCUGUCUGGUUUCUCCCCUGGCUUCUUCUGCUGAUUGGUCUGCUGCUGCUGCCCGGGACACCUGCCCUGCUUCACUUCUGCACAAUAUUCAUCGGACACAACUAUCAUCAGCCCUUUAUUGGGAUGUUACAGGAGCUGGAGGAGGCCAGGGUCUUGGACUUAAUUCCUCAUUGGGCAUUUGUUCCCACUUCAGCCAGGUUCAGAUUGCCCAUCUACACUACCUCACAGAGAUCUAGAUCACUUUCUCAGAAGAUGCCUGUAGAUCAGGCAGAUGCUCCCCCCAUGAGGGAUCCAUCUGUUUUCAACCACCACCCAUGGGUGGAUCCAAUGCCUGCCUGGAUAAUGAAAGAGUCUGCUGUGCAGUCUGAGGCCGAGGUGUUGGAUGAGCAGAUGCUAAGGGCAGGGAUACUGGCCUCAUUACAGGAUGCUGCUGACGACCCUGAUGCAAAAGUGGAGGUGCCCAAAUCCUCAGUCUCCUCUCUGCGACUCCAGCAGCUGGAGAAGAUGGGCUUCCCCACAGAGAAGGCUGUAGUGGCAUUAGCAGCUUCAAAACAGCUAGAUGGCGCCAUUUCUCUGCUCAUUGAUGACAGUGUCGGAGAAGAGGCUGUGGUGGUAUCAAAAGGGAAGAGCCCUUUGCCACCGCAGAGCACCUAGACAACCUCACACUCCUGGACUGAAACAGUGUUUGCUCUUGUGCAGUAAACUGGACAUAGAUUAUGCUUGGGUUUUGCUGAGCUUCAAUAUUAGAUUUCCCCUGCGGGCUACUUGUAGAACUAUUUUAAUGGUCAGAAUUCCUGUGGAAAAGUGAAACGAAAGCCUGAGUUUUUCCACAACUGUGAGUUUAAUCAAGUGUAGAUGCAAACUUGACUGCUUUUGAGACAAUUUCUGUAUCAUAAAAUACAGCGGAUGUCAAUUAUUUUCGCUGUAAUCAUGUUUAAUGAAUGAAUAACACAAAUAAAGAGAGGUGACAUGUUAAAAAA